UGACCAAGAGCAGUCGCGAUAUGCUGGAGAGUGGACAUGUAAGUAUUUGGAAGAUUGAUAGGCAUCAGGCCUGAAGACACUCACAAUCGCAGAAUUAUCACGAAUACCGUGACCCCAUACCAAAUCCACGACUCAACUGUGAACUGGGACAUGGUUUCUCUGCAUCGCUAAGCCGGGUUUCUCAGCACCCUGGAGAGUUGUUCCCCAGAUGGGUGCACGUCAGGUUACAUAUGAUAACUGUCGGAGCACCGGGGAUUAAAUCUCAGCCAAGAAGUGGAAACCGAAUCCUGGUCGCAUGGCAUCGUCGGUAUACGGCGUACGCUGCAACCUACAGAGACUGCAUGCGUAUUAUGGUAACUACCAGUGACAAUGCGGCUACGUCAGCCGGGGGAUGGCAAGGAGGCCCUAACCUUGGUGAUUUCGAGGCCCCUUCUGGAAGACGAGGUUUAGGGCAGUAUUCUGACAUGAUUGGGGGUCUGGUCGAGUGGAGCUCUGGUAUGGGGCUCCAAAGUCUCCACCGUGCACCGUGGAAAUACGAGCCUGCGCCUAUCAAAUCCCAUGUCACGUCACUUUCCCUUGGAGACCACGUUUGGGGCAAACGCUAUUCGAAACCCAAAUACCGCGGUGCCAUUGGUUCUAUGCCACCUGCCAUACGUGGCAUGGUACGCCUCUUGACAUUUUAAAUGCGAUGGUAGUUUGGGCUUCUCAUUGGCGACUCAGCUCGUACCCUGCGCAGACCAUAUUCCGACCCUUGCCACACUAUCGCCAUGCGCCCCUGAACGCACGCGUAGUGUCUGGCUGGCAUGAUGUAACGACGUAAGUAGAGUCCCUGGACCCUGACAAAUUACCAGAACUAGCGGCAGGCCUCGGAAGAUCCCUGGGAAACGACAGAUUUCUCACUCCAAGCAAAGUGAUUCUUGUCAAUGGUCUUCUAGAACUUCCUGUCUCAAUUCGGGAUCCAUAAAAGUAAACUGAGAUUGGACCGUAUAUUGAAUACCUCCUUUCAGUAGUUAUCAGUUUUCUUCCAAGUAUAUUAGUGCGCGAUCGGCUGAGGCGAGGGAUUCGGCCAAGUAGAGAUCUUGCAUGGGAUCGAGACCAAGCCCGACUCGACCAGACCAGAUCAGGCAAGAAAGCCAGUUCAUUUGGAUCGUGUUAAGAUAAUCUCCUCUUGCUCUCCCCACUCGCUUAUUGCCGAAUGUCCGUCUGGAAAUGCUGGAUAAUACCUCACGUCUUAUGAUCCUUGAUUACGAGAUUGAA